GUGGCGCAGCUCCCGUUGGGACCCAGCGGGGACUGCAGCGGCCGCUGGCGCGUCCCAGCGGCCCCGCACCCCGCGAGUUGGGUGUCGACGCUUGGCGCCCGCAGCCCAGCGCUUGAGCUCGUCGCCCUGGGCAGCGUGCUGUUUCUCAUUUGGCCCGACGGGUUCGCGACGUAUUCCCGCGUCGGCUGCGGGCGCUUCUCCGUGUUCUACGCGGUGGAGCACCAGUGGAAUCGUUGA